AUGACAAUUUCACCUAGAAAAGAUGUAAAUUUUAAAUUAAAUAUAUUAGAUAGAAAUAAUAGACGGCACAAUCUCAUAAAUUAAAAAUUCUAAGUCAUUUUUGUCAUAGUACUUUAAAUUUGUUUUAUUAGGGUUCUAUAAACCAUGA